AUGGGUAAAGAUCAUCAUCAUAAACCACUUUUAGACGCCUCUGGGGCUGAACCUCAUGUCGAGGAUUCUACUGCUACUGCAAUUUUAAGAAGAAAAAAGAAACCAAACACUCUUCUAGUGGAUGAUGCCACCAACGAUGAUAACUCUGUCAUUGCCAUUAACUCUAAUACAAUGGAUAAAUUAGAAUUGUUUAGGGGGGAUACUGUUUUAGUGAAAGGUAAAAAAAGAAAGGAUACAGUGUUAAUCGUUUUAAUCGAUGAUGAAUUGGAAGAUGGUGUCUGCAGAGUCAACCGUGUGGUAAGAAACAACUUAAGAAUCAGAUUAGGCGACUUGGUAACUGUUCACCCUUGUCCUGAUAUCAAGUAUGCUACUAGAAUCUCUGUUUUGCCUAUCGCAGAUACUAUCGAGGGUAUCACAGGUAACUUAUUCGAUGUUUUCUUAAAACCUUACUUUGUGGAAGCUUAUAGACCUGUUAGAAAAGGUGAUCACUUCAUUGUUAGAGGUGGGAUGAGACAGGUUGAAUUCAAAGUCGUAGAUGUCGAACCAGAAGAAUACGCAGUCGUUGCACAAGAUACCGUGAUCCACUGGGAAGGUGAACCAAUCAACAGAGAAGAUGAAGAAAAUAAUAUCAAUGAAGUCGGUUAUGACGAUAUUGGUGGUUGUCGUAAACAAAUGGCUCAAAUUAGAGAAAUGGUUGAAUUGCCAUUAAGGCAUCCUCAAUUGUUUAAAGCCAUCGGUAUUAAGCCACCAAGAGGUGUUUUAAUGUAUGGUCCUCCUGGUACUGGUAAAACUUUGAUGGCUAGAGCUGUGGCUAAUGAAACUGGUGCAUUUUUCUUUUUGAUUAAUGGUCCAGAAGUCAUGUCUAAGAUGGCUGGUGAGUCAGAAUCUAAUUUAAGAAAAGCCUUCGAAGAAGCCGAAAAGAACGCCCCAGCUAUUAUUUUCAUUGAUGAAAUUGACUCUAUUGCUCCAAAAAGAGACAAGACCAAUGGAGAAGUUGAGAGACGAGUUGUUUCCCAAUUACUAACUCUUAUGGAUGGUAUGAAAGCCAGAUCUAAUGUCGUCGUUAUUGCUGCCACAAAUAGACCUAAUUCCAUCGAUCCUGCUUUAAGAAGAUUUGGAAGAUUCGAUCGUGAAGUCGAUAUUGGUAUUCCAGAUGCUACUGGUAGAUUAGAAAUUUUACGUAUCCACACGAAAAACAUGAAAUUGGCAGACGAUGUAGAUUUAGAAACUUUGGCUGCUGAAACUCACGGAUAUGUUGGUGCUGAUAUUGCUUCAUUAUGUUCUGAAGCAGCUAUGCAACAGAUCCGUGAAAAGAUGGAUAUGAUCGACUUGGAAGAAGACGACAUUGACGCUGAAGUGUUAGAUUCCUUAGGUGUUACCAUGGAUAAUUUCAGAUUCGCAUUAGGUAACUCUAACCCAUCUGCAUUACGUGAAACUGUCGUCGAAAGUGUCAAUGUCACAUGGGAUGAUGUUGGUGGUUUAGAUGAAAUUAAACAAGAAUUAAAGGAAACUGUUGAAUACCCAGUUUUGCACCCAGAUCAAUACACCAAAUUUGGUUUGUCACCAUCAAAGGGUGUCUUAUUCUAUGGUCCACCAGGUACUGGUAAAACUCUAUUGGCCAAAGCUGUGGCUACCGAAGUCUCUGCCAACUUUAUUUCUGUUAAAGGUCCAGAAUUACUAAGUAUGUGGUAUGGUGAAUCAGAAUCUAAUAUUCGUGAUAUCUUCGACAAAGCCAGAGCAGCAGCACCAACAGUGGUGUUCCUUGAUGAAUUGGAUUCUAUUGCCAAGGCUAGAGGUGGUUCUGUAGGUGAUGCCGGUGGUGCUUCUGAUAGAGUUGUUAAUCAAUUAUUAACAGAGAUGGAUGGUAUGAACGCUAAAAAGAACGUCUUUGUCAUUGGUGCUACAAACAGACCAGACCAAAUCGAUCCUGCUAUAUUAAGACCAGGUAGAUUAGACCAGUUGAUCUAUGUUCCAUUACCAGAUGAGCCAGCUAGAUUAUCCAUUUUACAGGCUCAAUUAAGAAAGACUCCAUUGGAACCAGGUCUAGAUCUAUCUGCUAUCGCUAAGGCCACACAAGGUUUCUCUGGUGCCGAUUUAUCUUACAUUGUUCAAAGAGCUGCUAAAUUUGCUAUCAAGGAUUCUAUUGAAGCACAAAGAAAGAAAGAAGCUGAAAGACAAGUUAAGAAUGAAGAAGAUGUCGAUAUGACCGAUGGAGAAGGUGUUAAACAAGAAGAGGAGGAGUCUAUCGAUGAACGAGAUCCAGUUCCAUUCAUUACCAAAGAACAUUUUGCUGAGGCUAUGAAGACUGCCAAGCGUUCUGUUUCAGACGCUGAAUUACGUCGUUAUGAAGCAUACUCUCAACAAAUGAAAGCUUCUAGAGGUCAAUUCAGUAAUUUCAACUUUAGUGAACCAGCUUUAGGUACUGAAUCUUCAUCAACCAAUACUAACACAACUGCAUCUAGUGGUGCUACAUUUGGUGCUGAUGCUGAAGAAGAGGAUGACUUAUACAGUUAG